CCGUAGCACCAAUAGCACACCGGAAUCCAUCUCUGUUAGUGGCCCGACAGGUCGCUUCUUCAUCCGUACACUCUCUUUUCUCCUGGUUUUUCUCCAUUUCCUUCUUUACCUCUUUUCUGGUUGGUUGCCCAGAGAUCAGAGAUGGUUGAGAGGUCAUUCUAAUCCCAAUGAGAAUCAAACCUUUGAUCGCCUUCGUAAAGAAAACCCAAUCCUUUUGUCAGCUUAUCUAUUUUUCACAAUUAUGAGACCGGAUAUUAAUGAUUACCUCCCCUCCGAAAAUUUUUCCGAUGUUGAAGCAAGGAUCAAAGCUUAUGUCAAGAACACUACAGGUAUAGAUAGUGAAAGGGCUUGGAAGUCUGUAGAAGGCUAUAUAUUUGGGAGGUCUGAAUUCAUUUUGAAAAGGAGCUCUAUUCAACUAGGAUUAAUGUUUGAUGUUGUUUACACCAAAGCUAGUUUGAUUUACACCAAGUUAGGAUGCUUCUUACGCCUCACCAGUUUCACUAGCUCUUUCUCAGUUCUGGUGCUUUUCUUUAUCAACAUCAUUAAGGAGCCAAACUUCCGUGGCUCAAGAAUUGAUAUUGCCAUAACUGGCAUCUUAUUGAGUGGAGCUAUUGCACAAGAACUUUAUGCAGCAUGGGUAAUGCUUUCUUCUGAUUGGGCAAUUCUUGUUGCAGAAUUUCAUCACAAUGUGUUAGUACGUAGAAUAUUUAAGAUCACCUCAAAGUACUUCCCUUGCUUAUUACAUCAAAGUAAAAGGUGGUCAAAACAGAUGGGUCAAUUUGAUUUGUUGGAAUAUUGUUGGCGUUACAAGAAAAGGAAGGCAAACCAAUCACAUGGCUUUCUACCGAAGAUCACCAUUGGCAGUGAAAUUGCUGAAAUGUGGCACAAAUACUGGUUUACUAAAUUUGUGAAAGUUCCACGAUUUUUCAAAGAACCAGGACCUUACUAUGACGUCGUCUCUGCAAUCUAUUCAGAUAAACCCUUAAAGGCAACAAGAGGAGAUCACGCAUUGAAGAAAUGUCAACAAUUUGAUCAACUAAAAUGGAGCAUUGAAUUGGAGUUUGAUCACAGCAUCAUAAUAUGGCACCUUGCCACAAGUGUUUGCUACUUUCAACAGGAUAAUCAUCAUGAUGAAAUCAUGGAAAUUAGUAAACAUCUAUCAGAUUACAUGAUGUAUCUACUGGCCAUGCGUCCUGCCUUGCUAUUGUCCGAGCAUAGUAAGAGUUUUUGGCUUGAUCAUGCUUAUGACAACCUCAAAGAACUUUUGUUUCGUGCAACUGAUGAUAUCAGCAAUGCUGCUUCCGCAUUACUGCCCAAUCCAGAUAAUGUUUAUGAAGAGGAGCUUGAAUCCAGUGAGGAAACUUUUGAAAACCUAAAAGGAGAUGUGUUGAAAUUAGCCACAUUUUUAAAGCAAUCAAAUAAUAAAUGGGAGAUGAUUAGGGAUGUCUGGACGGAGAUGCUUUUCUAUGCAGCUUUUUCAAGUCAUCACAUUAAUCACGUUAAGCAGCUAGCAGAUGGUAUUGAAUUCCUCUCGCUCCUUUGGCUUUUUGUAGGCCCCAGCAUUAUGCGUAAGGCCUUUUACACGCGAUUAAUAUUUGGAAGGAUCGGGAGAAGGCGCGGGCGUACGAGUGCUGAACGCGGUGGCGGCAUUUGUUGCAGCGGAAGACCUUGUCGGAGAAGCCGACGUCGCCACACAUGCAACAAACAGUCUGAAGAUCCACCAUUGUUGAAGGCUCCGAGGCGGCGGAGAGAGACGGAAGAUGAAGAAAGAAGUAACAGAAAAGAGACAGAACAACAAAAUUCUUACCUAAAAUUUAGUAACGUCGAUUUCCCACAAGACGUUGCCGCCGGUUUGAGUGCCGAACGAAUAAGCCUUCCUCCUCUGUGGUCCAGAGAAGCCGCCAUGUGGAGGAGAACCAUGGCAUCCAAGGACUUGGAGAUUGCAUCAUGUUUGAUGGGGAAUUUCUAAGUCUUGAAUCCUCGAUCUUGGCCGUAAAUGAGACUGUUGAUGAGGCCUUGAUUGGCUAUGGUUGUGGUUGAGGCGGUGGUGGCUUUGGGGUUUUUGUUUUUGAGUUUCGAAAUUUGGAGGGAGUGGGCGAGGAAGGGAGAAUAAAUUUUUUAUUUGAAU